CAUUUGUAGAUUGUCCCGGCAUUAUUACUAUUGGUUUUAUGUCCAAGGGUGACCGAAAGGUUUCUUGGUCGUGUAAAAAGCAACAAUGUCGAUACAGUAGUUCCUUCUAUUUAAAUCCACUACUCAAAAAAACUCCUACCCUGAACGCGAAAAACUUCAAAAUUUUGCAGCUAAAUUUUGUUUGACGUUUAGCGGCUCAUUGGAUUUUUGACAUUUAAGCAUACGUAAAAUAUAGAGUUUAAUUUGUUUGUAAAAUAAAUUUUGUUUUUCGAUUUGUUUAAUUAUCUUUUGUGUAGAUUUGUAAUGGAGUUAUUAUACAGUGUUAAAAAGAAAAAGGUUACUAUUAGCAACUGGUCAGUGCCCAACAUUCCUACAACAUGCAAAGUUUCAAGCCAAAAUAUUGUGGCUUUCGCCACAGCCAACCAAAUCAUGGAAACUCUCACUAAUACUGUCGAUUCUUGGGGUUCCCAUGUUUAUGUCUGUGAUAUUAUAGCCCCAUGGCAUGUUUUCAAAGUUUGUUCCAAUAAAUAUCCCAUCACCGUUUUGGAAUGGAGUAUUAGCGGUGAUUAUUUGCUCACCGGCGACACUGGAGGUUUUGUUAAGUUGUGGACACAGAAGGCACAGCUCAUCAACGACUGGAUACCGGUUUACUCUGUCCAUUUCGAUGGUGAAGAAGUGAUUAAUUGCAAGUUCUUUCACAAUGGUCGUAAGCUGGUGUUCCCUUCGGAAAAGCGAGAUGCCGCUAUGUACUUGGACAAGUUUGUCCGAAUUAAGUAUCCGCCAUCGGUGCGUCAGUUUGGCGGUGUCGGAGCAGAAGGUUGUCUGGUUGUAACGUCUUCGGGAUUGCUGGGAGCCUUCCUAAUACCGCAGCUAAAAAAUUCCAACAUUAACGGAGAAGGCCCACCAUCUGUUCCACCAACCAUUGAACUGAGUUCGGUGACACACAGCCUCGGAUUGACACGGAACUUUGUUACCACCGUAACGGUGGCGCAUGGAAAAACUAGUAACCACUCGAGCGGCCACUUUAGAAUCGCCAUCGCCAGCGGUGAGCAGAACCGAAUGAUGAUUCAAUGCUUUCGCAUAAUGAUCCAACUGACAGAUGGCAAGCCCAUCAUAAGCAGUCAGUCUUUGCCAAGUUUUUUCCUCUACGAAGGCGCUGGACGGGACAUUGCCAACCUAAAGAUUUCUCAGCUGCGCUGGGAGACCGAGGAUGAGGCGGAAUCGGUCAUCGUGGUGGCAAACAACUACGAAAGCAGCUUCGUGGAACAAUGGACGCUAGUGCAAAAAAUCACCCCAAUCCAUAAAUUUCUUCAAAUAAACAAAACCGAGGUGUUCCAGAACACUUCCUGGGAGAAUGUGGCUAGCAUGCAGUAUCCUAAUUUAGUAGUAGACAUUUGUGUGUCGAAGGUCGUCUUCGAUAAUCCGUUUGUAUUCCUGAUGAUGAGCGACAAUUCCAUCCAAGUUUUAGGCCGAGGAUUCAAAAAAUUCACAUCAUCACUGCCUGUAAACAAACUCGUCGAGACAGAUAUUUCUUGCAGGCAACCAAGGACCGAAAUGAAGCUGGCUGCUCUGGAUGUAACAUUUAUGGGGCAUUUGCUGGUGUGUUUCGACAAUUGUGGUCAGAUGUAUGUCCUCAAGGUCCCCCAGGCGUACCAUGAACAAUGCACCAACCAAAUGGCCCUGGUGGCACAUAAGGUUUCUCUCCUGGAGUACAGCAUAAUGACAGGCUUCGAUGCUACCGACAUGUUCAUGUUGUUCCGAUCUAACAUCCUUGAUGCUGUGAUUGAGAAGCUAUCUGAGAACUUUACACGUCAACCAUCGUACGUUCAACAGUUUAACUAUGUUAGCUUCCUCACUUUGAAAACGAAUCUAUGUCGGAUGCAAGUGUCCGGACAAUCGCGGGCAAACGACCUUAAUAGUUUGCUAAUGUUGCAUUCGGUUCUCAUUGCUUUCAAAAGUCUGCUGCGACCGUCCGACUUGACCAGCCAUGACAAAGGUCCAGCGGAAAAUCUUGCAAUGGUUCUGUCGGAAUCAGUACCUGACGUGGAUAAGGUUUUAUUCAAUCUAGAUGCUAAGGACUUCACAGUCGAACCACCGACGCUUCAAAGUCUGCAGCAAUUGAUUCAAUGGGUAGCCGACUUGGCGCUCAAUAUUUUGGCCAAACUCCCACAAAAUAUUGUCCAACACAACAAAAAUAAUGGCUACGACAUUAGCAAAGAUAUUGUCGCAUUGAAUAGUAUAAGAGAACUUCUCGUAAUGAUUCGAAUAUGGGGCUUGCUCAAUACACACUGUUUGCCCAUGUUCCUCAAGUCUAUUGAAAACCUCGACAUUUUGGCGACCUUAUUUCGUCUGCUCACCCGCCUGGCAUUGAAUCCCUCAGAGCCAGAUGAAGUUCUUCUCGAUGAGUGUUGCGUUCUGCCCACCCAAGUGCUGAUUCCUCAGCUACAGACCACAACAUCAAAUGUCUCUCUAAAUUCACCGUUGAUAUUUUACAAGCCACCACCGCUCUUCUUCACCUAUAACGUCGAAUUGGAUUUUAUAAAAGUUUUCAACGAACAACCGCAAAUUGAGGGUUUUCUGUGCAACGACGGGGUGUUAGAUAGUGUGAGAAAUAUUCAGUUGGGUAAGAAACCUGUAGCAGUGCGACAGUGCUUAAGAUGUGGAGCUUUCAAUAGUUUUACGAGUGUAGCCAAGACUGCAGCAAUGAAAGCAUGGGAACAACGAUGGAAUCGAUGUAGAUGUGGAGGCUAUUGGAAGCUUACGAUGCCCUAUGCUUGUAAACAGAGAACUGAAACACCGAGGUUUUGAAUCCAUAUUUAUGUUAAGAUCAUACAAAAUUCACAAACAAAUAAUUUAAAAUAAUAUAAAUACAUUUUCUAUGAAAGA